AAACCUACCACAAAUACAUCAUUUCGUUCCUGCCAUCAUAGCCACACCUUCUCAGACACAAAAGACGAUGAGAUAAACGAGUAAAAGGGGAGAAAAGAGAGAAAAAAGAGAGGGGGAGAUAGAGAGAGGUUCUCGUCAUGGCUUCUCCAGCGGCGCCGUCACUAGAGACUCUUAUUCAAAAGUCUACCAACCCACUGAACUGCGAGGAUGACCCAAAUUCGAUUCAGGCUGUGUGCCAGGCAGUGUCGUCCGAGGCGGGGGGUGUGCAGACGGCUGUGCGACUCAUUGCCCACAAGAUCCAGUCGCCCCAAGAGCGCGAAUCACUUCAGGCUCUCGCGGUUCUGCAAGCUUGUGUCAACAACUGUGGACCAAGUUUUCAUGCAGAAAUCGGCAAGUUCCGCUUCCUGAAUGAGAUGAUCAAGCUUGUUUCUCCAAAAUACCUGGGCAAUCACACGCAUGCUUCUGUCAAGGCGAAGGUGGUGGAGCUCCUGUUCACGUGGACCAUCGACCUCAAGUCUGAACCCAAGAUCCUCGAGGCCUAUAACAUGCUGAAGAAACAAGGUGUUGUUAAGGAGGAUCCCCCGUACAUGGGUGCCCCAACAGCUCCUGAACCACGUCCCCGCACAAAUGCCGUCUUCGAGGAUGAGGAGAAGUCUCGGCUCCUGCACCGCCUGCUGCAGAGCAAGAAUCCGGAGGACUUGCAUAAGGCCAACGCGCUCAUCAAGUCCAUGGUGAAAGAGGAUGAGAGGAGGAUGGAGAGGACAAGCAGGAGGGUAGUGGAGGUGGAAACGGCUCUGAACAAUGUACGGGUAUUGGACGAGAUGCUGUCGCGGCACCAGGAAAGCCCCGCAAGCCAAGCCGAUCUGGACCUUAUGCAAGAACUCCAUUCGUCAUGUUCAACACUCAGGUCCAAUAUCUACCGGCUGGUUUCCGAGAUGGAUGACAAAGAAGAGGGCAUUGGCGAUUUACUGAAAGCAAAUGAUGAGCUGUCACGAGUGAUGGGCAGAUAUAAGUUAGUUGUUGAAGGCACGAAGAUGGAAACCACAGCUCCCCCUAUGCCUGGUGGCAAAAAGUCAAAGGACGCACAGAACCUGAAAGACGGGGAGAUCUUGCUGGACCUAUCAACCCCAGAGGACGGCCCAGCCUGUCAGGGUACCGCUGACAUCCUCAACAAGGACCUGAAGGACCUAGGCUUAGAUGGCCUCAGCCUGGGCACAGGAGCACCUGUAGUGCCAACUGUAGCCCCCACAACCCCUCCCAUCACAGCUGGCAAGGAGAGCAGCAGCGCCUCUCUCCUGGAGGACCUCGGAGGCAUCUUCUCCAAUGCUCCAAAUUCCAGUUCAGGUGCACCGGUUGGCCCUGGCAGCCUUCACACAGCGAUGGCACCAACACUAGUCCCGCAACCUAUGACAGGAAUUCUUGGUACAGGUGACAAGGGCAGCAGUGAGAUGCCUGAGGACCGUGCAGACCCCCUGGAUGACCUUGACCUCCUUGGCACGACCCUCAUCAAGCAGAACCUACCUGCCAAUGUGCCUGUGCAGGUGCAGUUCAAGGCACAGGAGAAAUUGUCCAUGAACCAGAUGAAGCAGCAGCAGCAGAACACCCACGCAAGCCCCCCCAUUUCAACAUCUCAGCCCCUCUUCCCCAAGGACUCCAGCCUCCCCCUGCUAGGAGCCAAGUCGGCAGUGCUUAACUCCUCCACCUCUUCUGGCGGUGAGAAUGUGUCAGACCCCCUGGCAGGUGUCGACUUGCUAAGUGGGGACAUCGGUGUGGGGUUAACACCAGCAAGCGAGCCCAGAAAUUCCAUAAGUAGUAUUGAGAAAGUUAGUUUAUUGGAUGAUAGUAAUCUAUUGUGCGCUCAAGAUGAUAGUGUAGUGGAAAGCCCAGCGCCUGAUAAGGUGCUGCCAGCUGUGGCAAAGCCCUCGAACAAUGUUAAAAGUACCGUCAAUGUGGAGGUCAAACCUAGAAGCAAUGCUCCCUCAAAACCGCAAUUCAUGGAGGUCAAACCCAUGACAGACCUCAAAGUUAGUCUGGAAGACAUCAAACCAGGGAAGCAAGGUUCAGUCACAGUCCUGGAGAGCAACGACAUCACCAUGACAAUACAUUUUACUGAAAACCAGCCUAGAGAUGACGUUUCAGUUGUUGUGGUGUCUACUAUGUCUCGCAGUGCACAGCCUAUCUCCAAUUAUGUGCUUCAGGGUGUUGUACCAAAGGGUUGCAAGGUGCGGUUACAGCCCCCCUCCUCAACGGAAUUAGCUGCCUUUAGUCCCUUCUUGCCUCCUCCAGCCAUAACGCAGAUAAUGCUCAUCGCAAACCCAAACAAACUCAACGUGUCCCUAAAGGUGAUGCUUAGCUACACGAUAGACGACGACCCAGUAACAGAGAUGGGGGAGGUGGAGAGUCUGCCUUUAUAGGAAAUUUGGCCCCGCUUUUAAUAUGAACAAGACAAGUAUGAAGGAACAGGCAUUGCCGAGGUUCGACGAGCUAAACACAAGUGUGGGGAUGCGUAGUGUCUCUUUGGUAAUGUGGCUUUAUAUAUGCAGUCUGUAAUGAGAAGCAAAUUGUAGCACAUUUGAUUCGUGCUUCUUUAAUUUCUCUCUCUCUCUCUCUCUCUCUCUCUCUCUCUCUCUCUCUCUCUCUCUCUCUCUCUCUCUCUCUCUCUCUCUCUCUCUCUCUCUCUCUCUCUCUCUCUCUCUCUCUCUCUCUCUCUCUCAUAUUAUGAAGUGACUCUGAUGGUCUUCUAGGUUUCUGAUUGACAAAAGGAACAGGAAGGGAAAAAAGUAAAGGUAAAUGCAUUACUAUUGGAAAAGAAACUAUCACCUGCAUGAAACUUUAUUUUUUAAAUGUCCAUAUGUUAUGUUUUAAUUUUUUUAUAGAAUUUUAUAUCUCGUCAGCACACCUUAUGAAUAAAUUUGGAUGUGUGCAGAUUAUAGGAUUUAUUCAGAUUUACGUGUGCACACUAAUCCAUGUGCACAUCCACACUCUCACACACUCACUCACUCACUCACUCGCUCACUUACUCAAACAUUUACACACUCACACACAAUCAUUUCACAUAGAAUUUCACAUAGAAUUGUUCUGUUUUGCAGUGAUAGAAUGCAAUAUUAUGUUUAUAACAUGUAUGUUUCAAUCUUAAUUUAUGUACUAAAUAAAUCCCUGAAGUUAUUGGAAUGAAUGUUGUACUCCUUACAACAUCUUAGUCUCGAAAGAGUUACAAAACCCCCAGAACAUUAUGCCUAGGAACGUGGGACUGGUACAUGUCAUAAAGCAAGAAAAUAUAGGUGGCUUUGGCAUAGUGUUACCAGUGUUGUUAGCUGUGUAUCUGGUGAAAAAUCUGCUGGAACUUAAGACCAAUUUUUCAUUAUUAAAAACAUUAGCUUUCAUGGUUCAAGUCAUAGUCAUAUUCUUCCACUAAAGCAAUUACUUGUGUUGUAUUUUUUUUUUUUUUUUUUUUUUAUACUGUAUUUCAUUCUUGUUUUUGUUUAGAAAUGCAGUCCAGUACCACAAGUACUAUCUAACCAUUCUUUCCAUUUUGAUAAAAGCGCUCAUGUUUGCGUGCACAUGUCUAGAAGUAAAUAUGUAAAUUGACAGCCUACGCAGCAGCAAUCAUGUGUCAGUGUUAUAAUGAUAUGACAUUGUGUCCUGUAGAUUAAGUUUUUGUUAAUGAUCUUGGGUUGGGCAAUGGCACCAGUGUUAAAUCCUGCUGAAUGAUGUAUAUUUUACUUCCACUGUUUUGAAGUAAAUGUAUUUGCCAGAUACCAAGUAAAUAUAGAUACCGUUUAAUUUUUUGACGUGAUGUAAUUUACAAGCAUUCCGUCUUAUCAGAGGUUGAAACUGUGGAACAAUGAACAAACUUACGUUUUGAAAUUGACGAGAAGUAUUGUUGACAUUUUGCAUACAAUGUUUUGUGUGAUAUAAUACCAGUGAAUAAAACAUGAAGAAGAAAGAAAAAGUGA